AUGAAUAUCCGCCAGGUGUUUGCGAAGACACCUCCGGAACUCAAUGACACUGUGCGACGGCUGGAGCAUAAAACUAUUUCUAUGAGCAUCAUAAUCCUCGGUGUCUCGAACAACACGGGCAUAUUCACUUUCUAUCAUGACCUUGAUGAGCUCCAGACUAUACGGCCCAGGAGAGACAUCGGUAUGAUCAAUCCUCUCCGGGAAUUCAGGUCCCUGUUUCAGCAGCCCCGUUUUGGCGGCCGCAAGAGGCUUUGGGAUCUCAGUGUCAAAAUCCUGGAUCUUCUGGAAGAGCGAUUUGUCUGGGUCUUAGGAACUCGGAACAAGGGAGAGUAUGCCCCUGCACUUGUCAUAAAAGUAUGGAAGGCAUCCAGGGAGGAUAUAGACAUCCUUCACAUUUCCGCUGCGUUUUCUUUCUCCUCCGAAUUCGCCAUGUCGGUCCAGAAUUGA